UGUCCACAAUGCAUUGCGAUUCGAUCGAAAGAAAACUUCCGGCGUGCUCAUCUCUUCAACGUUUUAGUUAGCCUGAUCUUGUUUUGUUGUGAAAUGGGAAACAGAGACAAGAAGAAACAAAGGAGACGAUCUAGAUCACGAGAUUCAAUAGAAAGAAAGAGGAGAAAAAGAUCUGAUUCUUCAGAGGUAUCUGAUGGUUCUUCAGACAUGUCUUCAGAUGAUGAAAAGUAUAGAAAACACAAAAGACACAGAGAAAGGUCCAGAUCACAUGAAAAAUCGUCCAAAAAGAAAAGAAGAUCAAGAUCAAGGUCAAGGGAGAGGAGUAGAUCUAGCAAGAAUAAUAGAGAGCAGAGGGAACCUGAUGAACCGAACUGGAACAAUAUGACAAAAGAAGAGAAACAGAAGCAAAAAGAACUUCUUAAAGCAUUAGAAACUCCAGAGGAGAAAAGGGCUAGGCGAUUGGCUAAAAAGGAGGUAAAGGCACGUAAAAUGAAGCAGCAAAUGGGAUGGGAUGAGGAAUAUCUAGGAUACACAAAUGAGGACAACCCCUUUGGUGAUGAACGUCUCUUGAAUACUUUUGUUUGGCAGAAGAAACUAGAGAAGACUGGAAAGAAGGAUGAAGAGUUUCAUACGUAUCAGAGGCAACAGAUGGAAGACACUAAAAGAGAGCUGGAAAAAGUGAAAAAGAGGAGGCUUGAAAGAGAAAAAGAAAGAGAAGAAAGAGAAAAAGAAAGGGAAAUGAUGCAGAGGGACAAAGAAUCAGACUACUACAAAGCCUGGGAAAGACAAGAAGAUACUUUCCACUUACAACAAGCUAAGCUGAGGUCGAAAAUAAGAAUAGAGGAUGGCAGAGCCAAACCCAUAGACUUGCUGGCCAAAUACAUUAGUGCCGAAGAUGAUGAUCUCACUGUGGAAAUGCAUGAACCUUACACAUAUCUCAAUGGUCUAACGAUAGAAGACUUGGAAGAUUUACUGGAAGACAUCAAGGUGUAUUCAGAACUGGAGGAGGACAAGAAUGCAGACUUCUGGAGAGACAUUACUAUAGUAACCCAUGAUGAACUCAGUAAACUGAGAAAAAUAGACCCUAGCAGUCAGUAUUAUGUUGGUGACAGAAGGGAAGGUAUUAACCAAGCUGUCAGUUCUGAUGUGUCAAGUGUUUUCAAGGGCAAAACUCACAACCAGCUAUUAUUACUAAAAGAGCAGAUCAAGAAGAAACUGAAAGGUGGAGAAGGGGUAGAUGUUGGUUACUGGGAAUCCCUCCUUGAACAGCUCAAAGCACACAUGGCAAGAACAAGGUUGAGAGAGAGACAUCAAGAUGUCUUAAAGAGUAAACUGUUCAGGUUAAAGCAAGAGCAAGGAAUAGAGAGUGAUCCCAUAUUUCCAAUUAUUAAACAAGAGCCAGGGACAGAUGCUGGUUCCAGUGAGAGAGCAACUGAAAGGGAUUCUGCAGGACCCAGUUGCUCAACUGAAAUUAAAGAUACAGCAACAAACAAUAUCAGUGAAUUUAAAGAGCCUGCUCCAUUGGUAGGCACUGAACAAAACCCAGAAGGGAAAGAAGAAAAUGAAGAGUACGGGGAGGAUGAAGAAGAGUCUGAAGCACUUAUAACUGAGGAAGAUUUGCUGGAGCAGAGCUGUGAAGAGUACCAACUAGGACAAUAUUCACCCAGACUGCUAAAACACUCUGACCUGGAGGCAGAUACCAUUGUAUAUGAUCCUGAGGAUGAUAUGAAAAGACUGGAGCAUCUCAGAUUACAAGUUAGAAGAACAGGGAAAGCACAGACUGACACAGAAAGAGAAAGUGAGUUUGAAAAGCGUGCCAGAGAGGGGAUGAAUGAUGAUGAAGCUACAUUCAGUGUGGAGGUACAGCUAGAACAGACCAUGGCUUGGUCAGAUAAAUACAGACCUAGGAAACCAAGGUUCUUUAACAGAGUACACACAGGUUUUGAAUGGAAUAAAUACAACCAGACUCAUUAUGACAUGGACAACCCACCUCCAAAGAUUGUCCAAGGAUAUAAAUUCAAUAUUUUCUACCCAGAUUUAAUAGAUAAAACAAAAACCCCACAAUUUAGUUUGACACCAUGUGCAGACAAUAAGGACUUUGCUACUCUAAAGUUCAGUGCAGGACCACCAUAUGAGGAUAUAGCUUUCAAGAUAGUAAGCAGAGAGUGGGAAUGUUCAUACAAGAAGGGAUUCCGUUGUCAAUUCCAUAAUAACAUUUUUCAACUGUGGUUCCACUUUAAACGGUACAGAUACAGGCGGUGAUGGACAUGUCUGCAGGAACUGAAUAUUGUGGUGGGCCUUUUGGGGGAUCAGCACUAUCCUCUCAUUUUUAGAUUUGAAUGUAUUGAAAGAGUUUGGAAAUAACAAAGUUACUGAACUCAAUGUCACUUGAAUUAUGCCUUCUUGUAGAAAAAAUUAUCUAUUUACAGAAGUUAAUGAACAUUGCUUCAAUAAUAUAUAUUUUAUAGUAGGAAUGAAGGCAUUAUCAACAGAUUGUACAGGUGUGAAUAAAGACAAAUAAGAAGGAUUAAAUUUAUCCUUUUCCUCAAUAAAAUAUAGCGAUGAUUUUUUGGUAAUUAUUUGGAUGGAGGAAGUUUUCUAAAAUAGUUCAUGUGAAAGACCGGUUGAAACAUAGACCAAACAGUUUGAAAGUAGGCAGAAGUCAAACAGUAGGUUAAUCAAAAUAUGUCAAGUCAUUGGAUAUUACUUUUCUGAAAAUAAAACCUCUAUAUCUCAUUUUCAA